UCAUUGAACGCUACGUCACAUCUAUCUCAGCGAUGGCGGAAGAAGCUGUUUUGAUUGAAGGGUCAUCCUUUAUGGACCCAUUCAAAGGGCUUUUGUUGACAUAUUUUAUGCCCGAAUCAUGCUACGACGAGUUCUUUCUCAACUUCAACUUCCUGGACGUACCAUGUCUGAAGAUUUUACUCAGCAAAGGCCUGGGGAUCGGCAUCAUCCUGGGAUCAGUAAUGGUGAAACUGCCUCAGAUCUUAAAGCUGACGGGAGCAAAGAGCGCCGAGGGGCUGAGCUUCCACACUGUGCUGCUGGAGCUGCUGGCCAUCACAGGAACCAUGGCCUACAGUAUCGCCAACAAGUUCCCUUUCAGUGCCUGGGGGGAGGCUCUGUUCCUCAUGCUGCAGACAGUCGCCAUUGGCUUCCUCAUUCAGCACUAUGGAGGAAGAACCAGCAGAGGUCUCCUGUUCCUGGCUGUGUAUUUUGUCCUGCUGCUCCUCUUGCUGUCUCCUGUCACUCCCAUGUCAGUGGUUACCUCAUUACAGGCCUCUAACAUGCCAGCCAUCAUCGUCGGCAGGCUGAUCCAGGCGGCCUCUAACUUCCGUAAUGGGCACACUGGCCAGCUGUCCGCCGUCUCGGUCUUCCUGCUGUUUGCUGGAUCUCUCGCUCGCAUCUUCACCUCACUACAGGAAACUGGAGACUCUCUGAUGGCCCUCACCUACGUCAUCUCCUCCGCCUGUAACGGCAUCAUCGCCCUGCAAGUUCUCUUCUACUGGAACUGCUCCCCAGAACCCAAAAAGAAAAGGGAGUAGGGCAAAGGACCGUUGCUUAACUUCUAUCAUAAAGUGGCACGUUUCUUUCCAUAUCCUACCUUUAGCCCUUCUGACAAAGGUGUCUUCAGAAUGAGAAACAAAGGGUGCAGAAAUAAUCAAUCUGCUGGACAAACAUUUGACUUUUCAACAAGGAUUUGAACAGAACACGGCAACCACAUCAGGCAUGUUGCAGAACUGCGAUGAUUGACCAAUUGCUGGUUUUGUCUCUGGAUCCCCCCCGCUGUGCAAGACACUGAGAUUACAUUCCUCUUGAACCUCUGUAUUGUCCGGCUCUGUUCACGCUAGUGCAAUAUUAUGUUUAGGGAACAUUUAGUAUACUUGUAUUUCUUCCCUGGCCAGAGCCUCUGAUAAACACUAUAUCAUCAUGGUUAUUUUUGUGUAAAUGAUUGUAAACAGUUUUGACCUUGGCUGCCUGCAAACAAUCUGUUGUUUUAUCAUUCCCCAUAAACAGAACUGCACGCUAGACCCCAUAGUUGUGAGGUUGCUUCGGGGGUCUGUAUUAAGAGAUGACUUCAUGGGGGCACAUUGCUUCUACCAUGAAGGGUCCCAUAUCCAAAUUUACAGUGGAAAUUAUCCAGUGGUUACAGACAAGAGAUUAAAUAUUUCUGAGCAUAUUUCCCACAAACUGUUAAACAAACCAGCUUUGUGACCACUUUGUGUCACAAGGUUCAACGCGUAACAUGCUAAGAAGCUGAGAUGAUUGGAUGUAAUGCACAGCUGACACGUAAGUGAAUUACAUGUCUGUAGAGGUCACAGAAGAUUCAUGAUUUCCAAACAAAUAAAAGUUCUCUACAUGAUA